AUGGACCAUAAUCAGAGCAUGAGUUACCAAGCUGGUCAGGCCAAGGGCGAAGCCCAACAAAAGGGCAGCCAGAUGAUGGACAAGGCAGGCAAUGCAGCCCAAUCUGCCAAGGAAUCAAUGAAGGAGGCUGGUCAGGAGGUGAAGGCUCAGGCACAAGGGGCAGCUGAUGCUGUUAAGAAUGCAACUGGGAUGAACAAAUGA